AUGGACACCAAUAUCGUAAAUUCGCGCAAAAAGCGCAGACCACAUGGAAAACAAAUCGCUAAACGUCGCUCUAAAUGCCCAUCUACACGAGUCAAGUUCUCUAAGGUGGCCUCUACGGUUGACAAUGACGAGAGUGAGAAUGAAGGAUCAAGGGACGAUGUCGCAAUGGUAUCAGACAACGAAUCUAAAAGUGCCAGUUCUGAUGAAGGUUCUGACGAUGUGUCAGGAGCCGAUAUUGAGGUUGCAGAUGAGCUUUCAGAUCUAUCCGAGUAUGAUAUGGAUGACGUGAGCGACGACGAAUCUGAUUCCGAUUCGGAAAACCUACAGUUUUCAGAUUCUGAAGACUCUGAUUCUGAAUUUGAUGGCGAUGUAGAAGCUGGAUGUCGUAUAGUAUCGGCAGAUUUGGCGGAAAAACUAUUGAAAGAAGCCAGAAAACUAACUGAUGGUGCUGUAAGACGGUUGGUAGCUGUCUACGGUUCUUUUAUAAGGCGUGUAGCCCUGCAACGGUCAUCCGUCUCCAUAGAUAAGGGAUCUAAGUCGAAGGAUGCUGACGCUUCAGCUAAAAAAAAGGGUGGGAAGCGUGGACGUGUCCGCAGUGAUACAAUGGCAAGCCGCGGCAUGUCUACGAGGUUCCGUGAGACUCCUAACCGAUACGCACCUUCGAAUAAUGAUGUAUACAGCUAUAUAGUGAUAGAAGCGUUUUCUAUCGUAGAAGAGUACUUGCGGCGUCACGAAUUAUCUUUUUCCAACACUGGCAUUGUAGAUGUAGCAACGCUUUUCCGCAAGUUCCUAUCAUCAGUGGUUGUGCAGCUUGGUUUUUGUUUCGAGGACUUAGAUCUUUGUCGAUGUGCGCUGAACACUUUAGGGGGCGAUGUAAUGAUGCCCUGGAUUGUUAGUCUGAAGACUUUCCAAAAAGAAGUUGUGAAAGUGGCAUGUUCGCUGCUAACUCACCACAAGGAACGUGUAGUACGCAUACACGCCCUCAAGAUGCUGCAACGUUAUCUGAUGUGCGUGCGUGAAGAGAAUUAUCAUCGCAUCCAUAUCUCACAGACGCCGGCGGGUGUAAUGAAGGUUGAGCGCAUGUCGUCGCAACAAGUUCACGAUUUCUGUAACAACAGCCUGAAUUUCGUGCUGAGCCGAAGUUACAGGACAUUGGUUUCUGCGUCUUGUAUCGAGCGCACAUUGAAGAACUUUGCACUAUUCAAGCUAAGCCAAAACUGCUUGGCAGAGCUAUUCAGCGAAGCUUCAGCAGCAAACCUCUACACAUUCGCUUUCAAAAGUAUACGUGAUUUGGGGAUAAAUGUGCGCCGCGAAUGGUUGGCGAUUAAUGACCAGAAGAAACGUAAGCGCAAACCUCAAAAAGCAGGAAGUAGUCACAGCAUAGUUUUACCAGUGUAUUCAUGGGGAUUUGUUGAUGCUAUAAACUUGUGGGUAUCGGCUCUGGUGCGUUGUUCCGAUAGAUUGGAACCUUUGUCGUACCCUCUAGUUACUGUCAUUUCGGCAGCCGUCAAGAUCAAAAUGCCUCAGAUGGCAUACAUGCCUUUCGUGCUACACAUGCUUACAGCACUUAAUCAGCUAGCCGAUGGGUUAGAACGUUUUGUACCACUUGGUUCGUAUAUUUUCAACCUUUUGGAACAGCUGCGCAACAAGGACAUAAGCAAGAUGCAGCGCAACGAGGCAAAACAAUCACGAAAGCUCCUGGAUAAUACAGACGAUAUAAUGGUACUCCUACGCCUGUCAAAGAAACAGAAAGAUGCCAGUGAAACCUACCGGAUGCUUUACAAGCAUGUGGCACUUGUGUUAACAGAUCAUGUAGGUCUGGUGGCUUUACACCCAAGUUUCCCCGAGUUCACAGUUCCCAUUACAGCAUACCUGCGAAGGUACCUCAAGAGCCAAAGGGUCGAGCCAGGAUUCCGGAGCUCAGCAACAAAGCUUCUCUCACUUAUGGACGAAUCGGCAACAGUUGUGCUCGAGAAACGUUCAUCUAUUGACCUAGAACAACGGGGUGAGAUGCGUCUUAAGCACUUCGCAUCAGAAGCGAAACAAAUUCCGGUCUAUCGCUACAGAAUGACACAGUUGGUGCGGUACCAGCAUAUUAACAAGGAAAAGGUCGAGGGCACGCUAUCUGCAGCGGCGCUAUAA